CAAUAUUUUUCAGCUGCCGCAUUGCGAUUUUUCACCUCAACGCGUAAGGUUUAGGAAUAUAAGAAUGAAGUCAGCGAUUGUUUUUCUUAUAUGGCUCGCCUGUACUUUUGGAGCAAAUAUUCCUCCAACACCGUGCCCUUUGGAAAGUAAUUGUGCCGUGGCGGAUGAGUCAAUGGCUAUUUGCGGAUUGGAUGAGGAGGUGGGUUGUAUUCGAAAGUACGCCUCCAAGUGUCAUUUGGAUAUAGCAGCCUGCCAGGAGAAAGGGAGAAAUUUUACUGACUUUAGUGAGGUAUAUUGCUCAAUGGAGCCUUAUCUCUGCGAAAAGUCACCAACAUACGAGCGCUGGACCAUUCUCUUUGGUCACGAGGAUGAAUAAAAGGGAACUUUUAGAAUAAUGGGCGACAAGAGCUGA